UGAUAUCAACAUUUAAUUACGUUCUAUAGGAAAUUCAAAACAUUUGCUUAAAGUUUAUUUUGAGCUUACUACGAUUUGUUGACAUAGCUCAUAAAAAUUAUGCUUGAGAUGCAUAGUGUACAGAUGUAGUUAAUUAACUUUUGACGACCAACAACUUGUAAAUAUGAUGUAGAAUUGGACAGACGGCGAAAAUGAACAAAAAUUGUGACCAAGAGAUACAAAUGGCAGAUACAGUAUCAGCUUCAAGCAAUGAUUCUAGAAAUUUCCGAUUGAAAACUCUCAGGUUGCCGUUAAAUAUGAAUCCACCGUCAUUAAACUUGAGAUUCCUUGCCAACCGACAAAAACGUCAGAGUUUAGCAGCUGCUAACGCUGUAAGAACCGAACAAAAAGCUAGUAAAGUACUAGGAGUCGUAUUUUUUACAUUUGUCUUGUGUUGGUCACCAUUUUUUUUGUUGAAUAUCGUUUUUGCUGUGUGUCCAAAAGAAGAUUGUCCCGUACCAGAACACGUAACUGAAGUAUGCUUGUGGUUAGGUUACGUAUCGUCGACGAUCAACCCAAUAAUUUAUACAAUAUUUAAUAAAACUUUUAGAGCUGCUUUUAUCAGGUUGUUAAAGUGUCAUUGUCAUAAAACUAGACCUCAUAGGUACAGAUCAGUGACUGAUAACAGACAUUCAGCAUUGAUAAGCACGCCAUCGGGGGCCGCAACAGGAGCCGCCAAUGUUUCUUUGUCAUUAUCACUUCAGACAACACCAUUGACGUCUCCACCAAUAAACAAUCCAGCUACAUUGAAAAAAACAUCAUCGACCACUUCAUCAAAAUAUCCAGAUUCACUGGGAGUCGAGGAAGCCCACAAAACAAUGAAGUUCUAAUUGCGAUUAUUUUAUUUUACCCUAAAAAAUCGUGUUAUUCUUCUCUUUAUUAUUGGGUAUAAUUCAUGUGGUAAUCCGUACAUAUCAAUUUUUUUGAUUUUCGGUGAUAAAUUACCUAUUAUUGAGAGUUGAAAGCUUAUUUGUGGUUUCAACUUAAAAAGUGCGUGUCACUAACUUAAGUAUUAAGUUCUGUUAAACUAUUUAUAAUGACAUCACUAUAAAAGGCAAUUUGUGUUGGAAAGAUGGCGAAGGACGCUAAAUUUUCUGAACACAAUAUAUGUAUUAAAAGUACUUUAAGAAAAGAGUUAAAGUUUGAGUCGUACUUUACCCAUUAUUUCUGAAAUGAACAAAUAGAAAACCUUAAAAAAAUAACUUAUUGGCUUUAUUUGAAUACAGUGACGAGUUUACAUUUCAGACAUAUUACAUAUAUCAAAAAUAUUAAAUACACAAUUUGGAGUAUUAUUUAAUUUAUCAAAUAACUCUCAUUAUGUUGUUUAACAAACUUUUAGUACAUCGUCAUUACAUAAAUACUGUCUACCUUUAUAAUCUUGAAGUUUUUUUUUUGUAGUUAUCUUUCUCGUGAUAUUUAAUUAAUGUAUCUCCUGAAUUGUUUUAUGAAGUUAACUGUUAUUUGUUCAAUGCGUAUUAAGUUUUUUUUUUCAUUAUGGCAGUAGUUAUAAUAUAAGAAUGACAGAAUAAAUCUUUUGGUUUUCAACAUAGUUUUUGUUCAUUUUCCACAUCAGUAAAAUGAAGUUUACAUUAAUUAUACAUACAUUUUAUUCAUGUAAUCCAACAUACUUAUAAUUGACAAUUAGACUAUUUCUAAAUAGUAUAAAAAAUCUUGAGUUUAAUUAUUAAGUUCAAGUAACAAUUUUAUACCCUAUCGAAAAUGUUAGUCUUUUAGCAUGAAGUUCAAAAUGGUUAUUUGUGACGUUUUGAUUUCAAACGAGAUGUUAAGUGGUUGUAAUUGUCGAUAUACGAGGAAUAUGUAAAAUUCAUACAUAUAUACAAAGUACCAAAGUUUAUUUCAAUUCAAUUUUAAUUGUCUUUAUUAUAAUCAAAACCACUGAACUAAAUACAUUAACAAGUUAUUUACCUAUUUCUGUAUUGUUUGUAUACAGUAAAAUGGGCUAACUUGGGACAGAUAAAUAUCUAUAAUCAUUUUUAUCGUAUAAAUUUAUAGCAUUAGUAAAAUGUUUAAAAAAAUUGUUAAGAUACACAAAAUAUAUAUUUACAAAAAAUAAGUGAUGAAAUUUGUAAAAUAUUUAACUGCCUCAAGUAUAAGCCCCCAAGAUCACUGCACUUAUCUAUUUAUUUUUUAUUAAAUGUAUAAUAAGUCGCUCUCAAAUGUAUCUAUUUUUUUUAAAUACCGCAUACAUGUAAUA